CACAGGGUUAUUGUCGGAGUUGCUUCUUCAGAGAGAAACAUUAGAGAGGGGUGUUCAUCUUCCACAUCUCAAGGAGACACCCAAAAAGAAAAACCAAACCUUUGAAGAACGAAAAGGGUUAUUAAAAAAGCAACAAACUUUGAGAGUAACAAAGAAAAAGUAGUUAUCAUGGCGGCAUUGGAGGAGCUAAAGAAGAAGCUGUCUCCAUUGUUUGAUGCUGAGAAGGGUUUUUCUUCAUCUUCAUCUUUGGAUCCAAACGAUUCAUAUUUAGUAAGAUUCCUGUGAUUUUCGUUGUUAAGAAGUUUUGUUAUGUUUCUGGUUUGUUUACUUUUAUCUUCUUUUUGUUUGUUUGUGAAGUUAUCUGAUGGUGGGACUGUGAAUUUACUUAGUAGAUCAUAUGGAGUUUAUAAUUUUAACGAGCUCGGGUUACAAAAAUGUACAUCUUCUCAUGUGGAUGAGUCUGAAAGUUCCGAGACGACGUAUCAAUGUGCUUCUCACGAAAUGCGGGUUUUUGGAGCUAUAGGAAGCGGAGCUAGCAGCGUUGUUCAACGAGCUAUUCAUAUCCCUAAUCAUAGAAUUUUAGCGUUGAAGAAGAUUAAUAUCUUUGAAAGGGAGAAAAGGCAGCAAUUGCUUACAGAGAUACGGACAUUGUGUGAAGCUCCUUGUCAUGAAGGACUUGUGGAUUUUCACGGAGCGUUUUAUAGUCCAGACUCGGGACAAAUCAGCAUAGCUCUUGAAUAUAUGAAUGGAGGAUCUCUUGCUGAUAUUUUAAAAGUAACAAAGAAGAUACCUGAGCCGGUUCUUUCAUCAUUGUUCCACAAACUUUUGCAAGGAUUGAGCUACUUGCAUGGAGUGAGACAUCUUGUUCAUAGAGACAUUAAACCUGCUAAUUUGCUUAUAAAUCUCAAAGGGGAACCGAAGAUAACCGAUUUUGGCAUAAGUGCUGGCCUUGAGAAUUCAAUGGCUAUGUGUGCUACUUUUGUUGGAACUGUCACCUACAUGUCACCAGAGAGGAUAAGGAAUGACAGUUAUUCUUAUCCAGCUGAUAUAUGGAGCCUUGGUCUCGCUCUUUUUGAAUGCGGCACUGGAGAGUUUCCGUAUAUAGCUAAUGAAGGGCCUGUUAAUCUUAUGUUGCAGAUAUUGGAUGAUCCUUCACCAACACCACCAAAACAAGAAUUCUCACCAGAGUUCUGUUCCUUCAUUGAUGCUUGCCUCCAGAAGGAUCCAGAUGCUCGACCAACAGCUGACCAGCUCUUGUCACACCCUUUUAUUACAAAACACGAGAAGGAAAGAGUAGAUUUGGCGACUUUUGUUCAAAGCAUCUUUGAUCCAACUCAGAGAUUGAAAGAUUUAGCUGAUAUGCUCACCAUACAUUAUUACUCCCUCUUUGAUGGAUUUGAUGAUCUUUGGCACCACGCAAAAUCGCUCUACACUGAAACUUCAGUUUUCAGUUUCUCUGGGAAACAUAACACAGGAUCAACUGAAAUCUUCUCAGCAUUAUCAGACAUUCGUAACACAUUAACAGGAGAUUUACCGAGUGAGAAACUUGUUCAUGUCGUUGAGAAGCUUCAUUGCAAACCUUGCGGCAGUGGUGGAGUCAUAAUUCGUGCUGUUGGAUCGUUUAUUGUUGGAAAUCAGUUUCUGAUCUGUGGUGAUGGAGUCCAAGCAGAAGGGCUUCCGAGUUUCAAAGAUCUUGGCUUCGAUGUCGCAAGUAGACGUGUUGGCCGAUUUCAAGAACAGUUUGUUGUUGAAUCUGGUGAUCUUAUUGGAAAGUAUUUUCUUGCUAAGCAAGAGCUUUAUAUUACAAACUUAGAUUAGAUAAACACACAUGAGAAAACGUUUGUUCUCUACUGUACUAUAAUGUAACUAUGAACUUGUUUAAUUACUAACAUAUGUAAUUGUAUUUGUUUAAGGUUCAUAAAAAGUGCCGGAGAGAAUUAGCCAAUGAUCAGGUGAUGAAGGCUUUGUUGUGU